GUUUGCGGCCGCCAGCUGCAAGGGCCCGGUUCGCUCCAGACACAUCCCAAUAUAUCCGAAACAGCGAAGAGUUAGCCGGGACUGCAUACGGUGCGUCAAGUCAACUGACACAGAAGAAGCUGAUAAACUUGGACGUGCCCCCGCCCGCGUCAUCUUGUGCCCGCAAUGUCUGCUUCUCCUGCGCGAGAGUCUCUGAGCUGGACCCCGCCCCGUUCAGAAUGGACAUCGCGACGAGGCAAAACGCGCACGGUCCCCAUGAAGGUGCUCGUCCUAGGCUACCCAAGGACUGGAACAUCCUCUAUGUGCAAAGCGCUGCAGAUUCUCGGCUACAAUGAAGUCUACCAUAUGCAAUACGUGUUCGCCAAUCCGCAGGACUCUGGGCUCUGGAGGGAAGCCUAUCAUACCAAAUUCGUGCAAGGAGAACUCGUUCCGAGGGAGAAAUGGGAUGAGAUACUCGGCCACUGUGAGGCAGUCACCGACGCGCCUCCCGCACUUUACGUCGAAGAUCUUAUCGCUGCCUAUCCCGACGCCAAAGUGAUUCUCACGCUGCGCGAUCCGGCCGACUGGUGGAAGUCGUUCUCCUCGACCAUCGGACGCAUGCCGCAGAACCUCAUCUUCAUGUUCGCCAUGAUGGUGGACGUGCGCGGCCUGCGCCCGUUUGCGACAAUGGCAGAUGAGAUCAUCGGGGAGCUCGUCGGGCCGAAUCCCACCCCCGAGACCGUUCAGGCCCGCUUCGUCGCGCACUACGAUCGAGUGCGGGCGGUGGCGCCCAAGGACUUGCUACUGGAAUACGAUGUCAAGGCCGGGUGGGAGCCUUUGUGCGCGUUUUUGGGUGUGCCGGUCCCCGAUGUUAAGUAUCCGAAUUCGAACGACCGCGCGUCGUUCAAUGAGAGGAUGACUGCGACUGGUGUGGCGACCCUCUGGCGUGUUGUAGGAGAACUAACUGCCCCCGUCCUUGGAUUGCUCGCCGUCGGUCUGGCUGUUUAUCUCGGGCGCAAUUUUAUGUAACUUCAUCUUUGAUUUGAAUAAACAAGUGUUGAACUAAUGUUGUUGUGGAGAAAAUAGCCCCCACGCUCUGACCAGGUGGGAGGCACUACGUUUUUGGCACAUCGACAUCGGAAAGUUUCGUGAUCACGGGGCGAAAAAAAAAUCUUAAUCGGAGCAGCAGUCUUGAGAGACGGGAAAGUUUCUGGUGUCGGGAAAUGCCGACGAGGGUCUCUAGGUACCCAUCAGAAAACACAGCAUGACUUCACCCUGUGCUUACCGCGUCCCGACAGAAACAAAGCGACAUUUGCGGGACAUGUCUGAUUGCUUCCCGUGCAUGUUGGCUCCCGCGCUCUACCGCCAAAGGCUCCCGGCGUAGAGACUCGAUAUCUUACCUGAUGGACCCGCAUGCCACACGGCAGUGCCAACCGUCGAUUCGACGACGAAUCAAACCAUAGAAACGGAAUUCAGCUCUAUAAAGCGGCUGAGUGGGAGGGUGAAAGCUCACCUGGUGUCAUCUCUCUUUCCUUUCUCGGCGCCAGCGACUUGUUUUGUUUGCAACUCUCAUCCUCCUCUUCCCUUCGUUUUGUGGCAUGUACAACCUGCGCGUCUCGUUCGUUCUUUUAAUUCUGGCUAUUGUGAUGGCAACAAGUGCUGUUCCCCUCCCGCACCACCACGGCUCCAGCGACGACAAGAAUGCCGACCCUCACAAUCCUAAGGCUCAGUCGUCCAAUCCUGCUCAGAACAGAAAUCCUGGAUUCAAGACGACUUCUAUCACCACCGCAGCAAAGAGCACCUCCUCAACCGGUGCGAUCACCAGCAAGACGAGCAAAUCGCAGUCCACUCGACCAACGUCCACAGCCGCCAAAGCAGCGAAAGCGACCGCCGCUACUAUCUCCCCGACCUGCGAUCUCAGGGGAAUCCAAGACGACCUGCGCCAGAUGCAGGAUGUCAGUGCACAGAUCCGGGCCGUCUCCCUUCCCGCUGUCGACCCCCUGCGACAGAAAGUCUCCUCCGCCCUCACAUUUGAGGACAUCAUCCUCGACACAGACGAGGCACUGGGUCUCGCGUCGUCCACCGCGAAGUUGGCUGCGCUGGAGAGCAAGGCCGUGGCGAUUUCGAGCGCGGUAGAUGGUCUGAUGUCGACUCUCGCGGCGCUGGCGGCCAAAGAUGGACGGAGCCAGGGUCCAAGCGAGCUUGAUGCGCAGCUGCAGCAGCUGGCGGGCGGCGUCGUGCCGGUGAUCCAGGCGUGCCAGGGUUAGAGGCAAACACACACACACACACAUCGAUACAUAUACUUAUGCAGUCGUGUGUGCUACGCACAACAUAUGGGUAGGUAUAAAUAACGCAAGUCUGAGUAUCAAUCAAUCCACAUAAGGAGGCAAGGUUUCUGAACUUGGCCCAUUUUGCUCAUCCAUCCUCCGCUGGAUAUCGGCUCUCAGCUCCAGCUCCUUCUCCGAGACACCAGCCCCGCUGCGGGACUCCUCGGGUAAAGGAAGAGGACGGGAUCCACCGGCACCCAGGCUCCUCGGCGUUCUAGUGACCAGCACCCGAACAACGUCGUCAGCGCCAGCCGUGGCCCGCCGGCUGACACCGGGGGAGGGGAUCUGGAGGAUCGGGACGGCGGGCACAGCCGUACUCGACUGCGUGCUCUCCGCGAUACCGGAGCUGGCGGUGGGACUCGUAUACUGGGAGUGCGAUCCGCUGUGCCAGUGGUGCUCGCUCUCGGUGAGCUCGGUGUGCGCAUGCGGAGUGUACAAGUCCAUUGGAUUCACUUGCGCCAUCCGGCUUCUCGUGUUUUGCGACAGCGAGGGAGUCGGAUCGAUCCCGCCCUCUAGAUCAGCACGUCUCAGUCCCAUUGCCUUCUGCCGCCGCCGCCGACGCAGGAGCCAGAUGCAGAUGAAUAGCACCAGCACCAGCACCAGUACGACGACGACGGGGACGACGAUAGGAACGACGGCCGUGUGGGAUGGAUCUGGAUUGUUCGGCGGUGGGGACGCAGACGGGCUGGAGGAGAGCCCCGGAAUGGUCGUGGGGGAAGCGGCGACCGAUUGAGUGGCGAUGGGCAGAACGACUGGUGUCGGUGCCCCGGUAUUGGCGACGACGGUUGACGUGCCGGAGAUGUUGAUGCAUUCGCCCGCCGCGGAGCUCGUCAGCUGGCACACCACAGCGAUGUCGGUGGCAAACGGCUCCGUCCAGCCUGACGCAGACGCGAUGAUCGUCCUGGAGGCUGGGACAGGUGAGUAUGAGUAUGUAGAUACGUGCCCCAGUUCGGUGCGCAACGUACUGGGUGCAGCGACUGUGGCGACUUCGAUGACACCCGCCGCAUCUGUGGUCUUGACCUGGCUCGGAUUGAGAACCUGGUAUAGGUAGGUUGUGGCAGAUCCAUCUGAGCGUGUGCCGAUGGGAAUGGGUGCGAGCGUCGCCGUCCCCGGCAGCAAACGUCCAGAGCCGAAGAGCCAGAGGGUCAGCGAUUCUUGAGCCCAGCCUGGGGUAACUGCUCAGACUGGUCAGAUUCUAAUGAGGAUCCACGGGGGGUGGGAAAACGAACGCAAAAGGAAGAACGAGAGAGAUAGCAGGAGCGGCGAACACCGAGGCAUCGAGCCUCGUCAGUCGCGCAGACCAGAGGUCGGCACUGCAAGUGAAUAAGAACGAAGAUGGAGGGACUGGCUAGCAGCAGGCAAUCCACACACUGAAGGCCCAAUCACUAGCACAGAUUCUUAGUCUGCAACUCGACGACGGAGAAGGCGUCGACUUCUGCGGCACCGGCACGAAUGAUGAUUUACCGCCCUCGUCGCUACAAUCAGAGCGCACUGCUUCCGGAUGAUACCCCCUAGUGUCUGGCACCGCUCAUCAGCAUCAAUGAUACAUGGCCACGGGGAGCGAUCGUAGACAACAUUGUCAUGUAGUGGGCGCAUGAUAUUGAGCUUCCCCCUGGGAGAGGGUCAAUGUAGAACGUCCGCAGAACAUCACGAUCAAGGAAGAGUUGAGAGAGAUCGGAGCCUAAUGGUGUGAUGUGACAGCGAUGGUCACACGUGUAUUGGGUGGGGAUGCUACCUCGCUAACGGAGUUAGAAAGGGUAUGUACAAGAGUAACGGGAAAGAUCAUGGGAAGUCAAAAAGUUCCCCGACGGGGAGUCGAACCCCGGGCAAGUGCGACAUUUAAAUCCAAGAAUGAAAAGCACCUAUGUUACCGCUACACCAUCGAGGACGUGAUCAUAGCACACGGCACCUGCAUUCAGAGCCAGAGGGAAGUCAUGUGGCUGUGUAGGGCAACUCGGGCCAUUUGUUUUUCUUCUCACAUUGUCACAGUGACCGCUCUUCUUCUGCUUGCCCAGUUUCCAAUCGAAUCUUCCCCACUCUUCGCAACAGUACAAGGUAAGCUUGCAAUACACGCCUGCCGACUCCCCCGAGCGGCCCCGGACCCCCAACAGGCGUCGUCCGCACGUACAAUCCAACGCUGGUGCAGUCCGGACUCAUGGAUUUAACAUAUCACGGCGUGCCCUUGCAUCGUGUCGCUCACUAGAUUUUUACGUACCUGUCCUAUGUACCUCAUCCCUCUCGCGCUCCUCAGUAUAUGAAGCCUCGCAGUUCUGCCUGUCUCUCUCAUGAUCCACGUUCCUUCUUCCCCCCACUCACAAAUCCGAGCAGCUCUACAUUCCCUCUUGCUGCUAAUGUCGCGACAUUCGUACUACACGUGUUUUAGGCGCGCUCAUUCGAAUUGAUUGAUUUCAUCGAACAACCUAGCUCGCCUCGCGAUAAUCGCCCCACGCGCUCCCACCCUCGAUGAUACCACCAGGCUAACGUAUACAUAUACUUCGCAGACUGACACACUUCCCUCACCUACGCUUCCGUCCCCCCCAACGCACCAAGCACAUCCACAGAUACACACCACCAUCACUAACAUACGGAACAGACUAUGAGCAGUCCGUCGAAGCCAGGAUCGUUCCGGUCGCGCAUGGGCGGGGUCAUGCGCCGCACGUCGACGAUCCUCUCGGUCGUGCGCCCUGCCACACCGGACUCUGUUGCGUCUGGCGCCGGAUCGACAGGGAAGAAGAGGUCGAGCGUAGAGCUGGCGGGGACUGACGCGGGGACGAAUCCAUCUGGCCCGAUCGUACCCGUGGACACACCAGCACCGACACCGGCGCCAGCCGAGGCGGCCGCACCGACACCGGACUCUCAGCCGACAUCGGCGCCGCUUAUCGCAUCGGAAUCAGCCGCAGAGGCUGCGCCGGCGGUAUCCCUCCAGCCCGAGACGGAGCCUGUUGCCUCAUCGCAGCCGCAGGACGGGUCGUUCACGCCUCCACCGACUCCGCCGCCGCAGCACACGCAUAAAUCCGUCAAACGCUUGUUGCCUAUCGCGGCUCAGUACACGGCGUACCCAAGCCCGAUCGCGGAGUCACCCAUGCGGGAAGCCGCUGCUGAUGGGGAUGCGGAGAUAAAGGAGGAAGGGGCUGAGCAAGGGAAGACCGAGCAAGCGAAGGUCGAGCAGAAAGAAGCGGAGGAGGCGAUUUCCAAGCAGAAAGAGGAGCAGGAGAAUAAGGAGGAGCAGAAGCUCGAAAGAGUAGUGGACGAGGAGGGGGAAGGACAAACCAAGGAUCUUGUUGAGCAAGGACCUGUCGCGGAUCCAUCCACUGUGCACCCAGAUCCUCCGGUCUCAGAACCGACGAUCGAGAUGCCUCCACCCACGUACCCCGAGCUGCCUGCUCCCGAAUCACAGAUCGAGUCCAUUCAGCCGAACCCCGAUUCCCCCGUCACAGAACCGAUCAUCGAUGCACCACCACCACCGACGUUCCCCGAACCAUCUGCCCCCGAAGAAGAGGUUCCAGCCACUCAGCCACCAGUUGACCUCGAGCCUGAACACAUCCCGCUGUCCGACGAUGUAGACUCAAACACGAACGGGUACAUUCACCCCCACACGCUUUCCAUCUUCGAGUACGGCAAUCCAGGCGCGUUCACCGACGAGCCGGAGGACCUCAUGCAAUCGAAAGACGCGGUCGACUUCAUUGUGGAGAGGAGUCCGGAGCUGAAGGAGAAUAUCAUCGCAGACGGCGGUGACGGCGAGCUGGGUCCGCGGGUCGUCGAAACGGGCUUCUCAGUCCCGGUGAUCUCGAUGCCAGCUCCGGACACGAUGCCUGAAGUGGAGGAGGCAGUCGACUACUUCGGGAUCCCGAUUUCGAUUCCGAUUCCGAUUCCCAUCCAUGAUUCAGCUGCAGGACAGGGUUACGAUGUAGGAGAUCGCGCACCGGAAUCUGCGGUUCCUGCCGAACACGAGAUCCCGAGCAUGCCGACUCCAAGCGCGAGCGUGCAGAUCGCAGUUCUAGGGCCGGAGGAGGCUGAGAACCCGUUUGCUGAUCCGCCGCAAAGUACCUGGGACGAAGUGCUGAGGGUCCCCGAACCCAUCCCCAUCCCCGUCCCAUUUUCGGGUGGAUCCCCGGGCAAAUCUGGCACCCGCAAGAGUGUGCUCUUCGAACAGCCGGAUGCGGAGCGCCAGCCGUUGCUGGGCAAUGCGCAUUCAAGGGGAUACGAUGCAACGAGCAACAGGAUGCCAGCGGGGACGCCUAUUCCACCGCCCCAUUCAGACCUCCCGGGUGCUGGCUCGCACACGUUCGGCUGGCUGACGUAUACUCUCCCAGACGGCGCGAAGACGUAUUAUGUUCAUCCCGGACUACAUCUCGUCACUGACGUCGACCUGGAGCGGGUCCUGCGAGCCGAGGUCCACCUGGAGAAUGUCCUGGGAGAGGUGUGGUUGCGAGAAAGAGAGACUAGUGGGCCGAAUAAGAAGAUGAAGCGCAAGAGUAGAGGGCGUGAGCCUGGUCUCGUCAAGUGGCUCGUCGAUCACACCCGGAGGGAAGUGUACAGGGCGGGCAGCGAUGAGAAACAUGCUGAGAUGGAGCACCGGUACUGGAGCUACAUGGAAUCUCACCCGGCGCAUGCCUCAUUGGGCUUCGCGGCCCGGAAGGAGGCAGCGGAUGUACUGACCUGGUGCUGGGCGGACGCGCUGUUGCCGCUUCCCACGACUCAGCGGCCCCCAUUUUCCCAAACCGAGUGUCAAGAGCUGUUGGGUGUUUUGCGGUCGUUCGACGCCCACCCAGCUGCACAGGACGGCGGCAUACAGAGCAUCGUGCUUACGCGCCUGGUCUCCCGGAUCCUGCUGCGCGUCGCUGAUUGGCGGGAGAGUGAGAAGCAGCCAGCACCAUCCGUCCAGCGCAUCGGAUUUGCACGUCGGACGGCCGAUGUUCUACUCACCGCCCUGCUACUCGGGAUCCCGUACAUGUUCUACCGCAAUCGAGUCAACGAAAAUAGUGAUACCGAGAGCCAAAACACGACCCGCAGGAACGCGCUUCCCGUACUGGUUAUCGCCGCGACAUCCUGUCUGCUCGCCGCUGUGCUUCUCAGUGCAGCAGUGACGCUGCUCACCAGUAGCUCUUUCUCUCCAUCCCUACUCCUUGGCCUCAAAAUCGACAUCGAUGCAGCAUGGUGGGCUGUGCUUGCUUCCGCCUUGCUCGCUGCGGGAUCGAUGGCCGCCGGCCUCGUCGCUCUCGCCCGUGUGAAAGCCGAAUGGGAAGCAUCCCCGGAAGUCGGAUGGAACGUCGUUGGGCCUGGCAGGAUGCGGACGGAGGGGAUGGUCGUCGUUUCGACUCCCACAUUCGUCAAAUCGCUCCCUCUGGCCCUGCUCGUGUAUGCGCUGAUCGCGUUCGUCGUCGCAGUUGUGCUGUAUUCUGGCUCUCUCCCGAAACAAAGCGCUCGUCCGGUCGUUACACCUCCCACUGCCACCGCAUAUACAACAUAUGCCCGCUGGACGAUUCUCGGCCUCGGAGGCGCUGCCGCAGGUGUCGUCGUCGCCGCAUUGCUGGUUGAUCGCGGUCGUCGCUGGACGUAUUAUUGAUCUAUGUCGAAUGGAAUAUGGCCGGACGAAUAGUUGUCGCUAUCACGACCGUCUUAUCUCCCAAAUGUUGUGUAUUACGCGCUGUAGCACAUCUCUUUGUACUCUAUGUAUCUAAGUUCGUAUGUUCGGCAUCUGCGCAAAGAAGAUUUAUGUGCUUGGAGUGCAGGGUCUAGAUUGGGAGGAGUC